AUCCAACGUUUUUGGCCAUAUUUGAGGACGUGUUUAAUCCAUUCUGGAUUUCGGACGGUUUGAAGAAGCUGCGGACGUCAAGAAAGGGGGAACGUUGCACUUCUUUGCAGUGUGCGCCUCGUCGCGGAAGUGUGUCGAAGAAGCAGGAACUAUGGCGGCGCUCAGCCCUCAGAAAGUUGCUGAAUUGAAGGCAUUCAUUGGAAUGUGCGAAAGGGACCCGUCCAUUCUGCAUCGACCGGAGUUGUCAUUUUUCAAGGAAUACCUUCAGUCUCUCAAGGCAGCGAUCCCUGCUGAGAGGCAGGCAGGGGCAGGAUCGCCAGACCGACCUACCACGUCUCCGGUGCCUGAGGCAUCAUCCGACGAUUCAUCGUUGGAAUCCGAAGUUGAGGAGUUCGAUGAAGAGAGCCUGAAGGACAGUGAAGUUAUUCCUCCUGAGACCAGUCCCCUGCCUCCGCUUGCGCCGGAGGGUGAAAAAGAGCUAACAGAUGACGAGCUGGACAAGUUGGGAAAGCUGAAGGAAGAGGCUUCCGCAGCAUGCGAGGCAGGAAACUCUGAAAGGGCUUUGGAGAAGUUCACCGAGGCUCUGCUGAUCGGCAACCCGACGGCGCUGCUGUACACACGAAGAGCCGAUGUCCUUCUGAAACUAAAGAGGCCCGUUGCUUGCAUCCGUGACUGCGAUGAGGCUUUGAAACUAAACCCCGAUAGUGCACGGGCGUACAAAAUACGUGGAAAAGCUAAUAGGCUUUUAGGCAAAUGGCGAGAAGCCCACAGUGACCUUGAUAUGGGCCAAAAGAUUGACUAUGACGAAGGGCUGUGGGAUAUGCAGAAGUUGGUGGACGAGAAGUUCAAGAAGAUUGAGGAACAUGAACGGAAAAUUGUCCGGAAAUGCGAGGAGGCGGAGAAAAAGCGUCGUGAAAAGGAAGCAAGGAAGCGUCGUGCUGCGGCUCAACGCGCUUACGAAGAACAAAAACAGAGGGAUGCUGCAGGCUCAGGUGGUUUCCCCGGGGGUUUCCCUGAGGGAUUUCCAGGAUUUGGUGGUGGAGCAGGAUUUCCGGGAGGCGCAGGUGGAUUCGGGUACUCCGGAGGGAUGCCUGGGACCUUCCCCAGCAGUAGCUGUGGAGGCUCUGGGAUGACAGGCACCCCCGGAGGCUGCUGCGGUGGCAUGGGAGGAGGAUGUGGCGGCGGCAUGCCUUCUAAUUCCGUGCCAGGUGGAGCGGGUAACCUAUUUGGAGCCCUUAACGAUCCCGAACUUAAGAAGCUUUUUGAGAAUCCGAAGAUGAUGGCCGCGUUCCAGGACAUCAUGUCCAAUCCAUCUUCGAUUUCAAAGUACGCUAGUGAUCCAGAGGUCAUGGCGGCUAUGGGUAGCCUUACAUCUAAAUUUGGUGGCGGAGUGCCUGGUGCUGGAUUUCCAACUGGCUCUCCUAUGUAAUGCUUCAAGCUACGAGAUAAUUAGUUACGACUGAGACUGACAUACCGUUAAUUCUUAUCAGUCCUUUGGGCGUAUAGUAUGGUCAAACAGCAGUAAUGCCGGCAAACCACUUCGUGUGACUGUCGUGGGGCGCCUGCCGUGUUGGGUGGUGAUGAGACUGACGCAACAGCAAAGGUGUCUUUGGAAAAUCGAAUGACAGUCUGAACCUGAUGGUCUCGCGGGAGCAUUGAGUCUACAACGAGAUGUUACAUUGAGCGUGGUGGGUGUUGGCCUCGGCCCUGUCAAGAUUGGUGGCGUGCGAGAGCAUUUUCGAAGGGAUAGUUCACCGUACAUAUAUGUGUCUGGACGGUUUACGACUGGUAGCUUGACAACCAGGUGAAAGUGAUGUAACGAGAGAAACUAAGUCGCGUCAGACAGAGUGUUAAUCUCAGUUUUCUCUGGUCGACGCGUUGUUUAGCGCGUACACUGCUUUCCGGGAAGUUUUGCCUUCGGGUGAUUCAUUUCUUGCUUCCUGAUUGGGCAUCUUGAGAAACGUCUGUGUCACCUCCAACUGUCUGUGCUGGUCCCUGGUGAGGAAACGGAUGAGUCGGUAACAGAGAACGUAGAGCUCUCGUGUGCUUACCUGAAAUGGACUCCAGCUCGAUAGUCCACCACCAGCCCCAUAAUCAGCCCCUUCGGG